AUGGCGGACAGUGAGGCACAAUCGCGAGCUGCGCCGGCGGGCGACCCAUCCUCGGGUCCCUCUGAAAAGUCCACACCAAAUGCAGACCUCUCAACCGAAACGGCGGGACCAGCCGAUGUGCCUUGGAAGGCCUCCAAGCGCACCCAGCUGGUGUUUGCUUCUCUCUGCGUUUUAGGCCUAAUGUCCGCGCUAGAUGGCACAUCCAUAGGCGUUGCUGUCCCGACCAUAGCGAACGCCCUGCAUGGCACUGCAAUUGAAAGCUGGUGGGCCGGGACGGCCUUCCUGCUUAGCUCGACAGUAUUCCAGCCUAAUUGGGUGUCUUUCUCAAACAUCUUCGGCCGUCGAAACCUUUUCCUUCUCUCCACGGCGUUCUUCCUUGCAGGGGCCAUUGUCUGUGGUGUGGCUCAGAAUUUCACCACACUCCUGGUGGGUCGCACUAUUCAGGGAACGGGCGCGGGCGGUAUCAUGUCCAUUCAAGAGGUCCUCAUCACGGACUUGAUCCCUCUGAGGUACCGCGGAGACUACUAUGGACUCAUCAACGCCAUGUGGACACUUGGCUCCGUGACGGGUCCUAUCCUCGGCGGAGGCUUCUCAGGCAACCCCCACGCCACCUGGCGCUGGGUGUUCUACAUCAACUUCCCGUUCAUCGGAAUCGGCACAAUCCUUGUGGUGCUGUACAUGCACCUACACUUUGUGCCCUCCUCACUUGUUGAGAAACUUCGGGCGAUCGACUGGGUCGGCAGCUUCUUGUUCAUCGCCAGCUGCACGGCCUUCCUGCUUGGCCUCACAUGGGGUGGCGUCCAGUUCUCCUGGGGAUCCUACCAGACCCUGGUCCCCCUGAUUCUUGGCGCAGCCGGCUCUGUGGCCUUUGUCGUCUAUGAGGGCUAUGUGGCUGCGAACCCCAUAAUUCCCCUGGUGCUGUUCCAAAACCGCACCACUGUCGUUUCUUUCGUGGGGACGGUGCCCGCGGGCUUGAUCCUCUGGUGCAUCUUGUACUACAUGCCACUGUACUUCCAAGCCGUCCACAACUAUAGCCCCGUCAUCUCCGGCGUGGCCCUGUUCCCACUGACCUUUACCAUCGCACCCGCUGCGAUUGCCUGUGGCAGCCUCAUUACCAAGACCGGGAAGUACCGCUGGGCCACCUGGGCAGGCUGGGGACUGAGUACGCUUGGCUUGGGGCUCUUCUGCAUCCUCGACGUCGGUACCAGCAUCCCCGGCUGGGUCUUCAUCACACUGGUUCCUGGUCUCGGCCUCGGUUUCCUGCUUCCGGGACUGGCCACAGCGAUCCAGGCCAGCGUAUCAAGCGACAAUGUCGCCAUGGCCAUCGCCAUGUUCAGUUUCUUCCGCGCCCUCGGCCAGGCCCUGGGUGUCGCUAUCGGCGGCGUCAUCUUCCAGAACCGCAUCUACGCCAACCUCCUCACAUACCCGAACUUGGCUCCUAGGGCGGCUCAGUACAGCGCCGACUCAUCUGGACUUGUCACUAUCAUUCAGAGCAUGCCCGAUGGCGAUGACAAAUCCGACCUCAAGCAGGCAUAUGCGGACAGCUUGCGUAUCGUGUGGGCGGUGUGUUGUGCCGUCGCGGGCGUUGGGCUUUUGCUCAGCCUGUUUGUACAACACUACAGCCUCGACCAGGUAUUGAACACGAAGCAAGGUGUCAUUGAAGGUGGCAAGGACGACAGUAGUGGUGGUGGCAAUACUACGUCGCCAGCUUAG